AUGGGCGGCUUAACACCUUCUCAAGUGGCAAUCAUCAAAUCCACCGUCCCAGUCCUGGCCGCACAUGGUUUGGACAUCACCACAAAAUUCUACGGAGACAUGCUCAUUGCGCAUCCCGAGCUCAAGAACAUCUUCAAUAACACACACCAAGUCACAGGCCAUCAACCGCGGGCUCUUGCGGGCGCCCUCUAUGCCUAUGCCGCCAACAUCGAUGACCUGGGCAAGCUCUCGCCGGCUGUUGAGCUCAUAUGUCACAAGCACGCUAGCCUGUACAUUCGACCGGAGCACUACGACAUUGUCGGGCACCAUUUAAUCGAGACGAUGAAGGCCGUGUUGGGUGAUGCGGCAACACCGGAAAUUCUGGAUGCGUGGGGUACAGCCUAUUGGCAGUUGGCGGACAUCAUGAUCGGAAAGGAAGAUCAAAUGUAUAAAGAAACGGCAUAUUGGGCGGAUUGGAAGGACUUUACAAUCGCAAAGAAAGAGAAGGAGAGCGAAGCGAUUACGUCAUUUUAUCUCGAACCAGUGGAUGCAGAGUUAAAGUCGAAGCUGCCAAUUUUCAAGCCAGGGCAGUACAUUUCGGUGAAUGUCUUUGUGGAGGAGUUGGGUGAUGGUGGUGUGUGGCAGGCACGACAAUACAGUUUGAGCGAUGCGCCUGGCAAAAACUAUCUGCGGAUCAGUGUGAAGAAAGAGCCGGGUGUUGAGCUCGGUGAACCAAAUAGUCUGUCGCAUCCGGGAUACAUUUCGAACAUACUACACGAGACAAAGAAGGAAGGCGAUGUUGUAAGAGUGUCGCAUCCGUUUGGCGACUUUUUCUUCGAGGGCAAAGAAGACGACAAGGACGCUCCGGUAGUCUUGAUAUCAGCAGGCGUCGGUCUGACUGCUUUGACGAGCAUUUUCAACACGCUUGUCGAGAAGAAGUCGACCCGACCAAUCUCUUGGAUUCAAGGCGCCCGCAACUCCAACGUACGUGCCUUCAAGAAGAAUGUCGAUCAGAUCGCCGCAAGCAACGACAACGUACAUACUGUGUAUUUCUCGUCAAGCCCGAAAGAGGGGGAAACCGAGGGCCGGCAUUACCACACCAAGGGUCGCGUCGACCUGGACAAGGUCAGCAAAGAACUACUGUUCACAGACAACGAGAAGACGCAGUACUUUGUGUGCGGGCCGACACAAUUCAUGGUGGAUGUUGAGGCAAAGUUAAAGAGCUAUGGUGUUCCUAGUGAUAGGGUAAAGAUGGAGCUUUUCGGGACUGGAGGCGUUCCGAGAGUCUAG